AAAUCAAAACUCGUUCGUAGCGGUCGUUCGUCGUGUUGCAGCAGCGGUGUGCGAAGCAAAAAAAUAGAAAAAAAGCUGAUUAGAAUUUUGAUAUAUAAAUAAAAUAAUUACAGUAGAUCCGAGGAGCCCGUCAGUAGUCACCGUCACCGUGACCAUAAAACGGCAGAGUCUCUGCGAAAUCAACGCAAAACGUUUUCGAGUUCAACAAAAGGCAAACGUGUCCGGCAGCAACUCUUUUGCCACCAACUAACUAAAAUUAUAAAUGUAAUUAAAUAAAAAAAAAGUCUGCAGAUUUCGUAAUAGCAACAAACAUUUGCUUGCUAGUCGGUCACCGUUUGUCGUCACGCAUAGAAUACAACAACAACAAUAAACGCAAAUACAAGAAACAUCAGCUGAAGGCCCGCACACAUACUCAUACAUACAAACACCCAAAAGAGAGAGACAGUGAAAGUGCGCGUGUAUGCGUGUAUAUAAGCUAGCAAUAAAGAAAAAUUGUUGUAUCAGCAUCUAACAAAAAAAAAACGUAUGUAAACAGUUUUGGUAAAGCAGACACUACAAGAAGCUAUAUUAAAAUAAAGUCAGCAGAAUGAGUGGAUACACAGACCUCACCAAGCUGGAGACCAGUCGGAACUGCCUGCGUCGCAUUGCGCGUCACGAUGAGCAGCAGUUCUCCAAAGACAGCAUUGUCAAUGUGAUGGAGAAGUUUGUGAAAACUGUCAACACCAUGGACGAUACCAUACUGGUGCCAUGCAGGCUCAUGGAUCGGCAGAUUGGUGAUAGCACUGAUAUAAUACCAGCGUCUGGCAAGGACACAACCGCCAAUCAGCUGACAAAAUGCUCUGGCGUGCAUAGAAGUGAACGAUCAAAGAAUGUGCACGAUUUCCUCAAUGCCUCCGAGCUGUUCAAUCUGUACACCAUGCUCAAUUCGCUCAAGAAGGACUUGCUGUGGACAGCCAAUCAGGAUGAUGAUCUGGAGGCGACGGAGGAACAGUCACAACAACAGCAACAACAGCAGCAGCAGCAGCUCAGCCAAGUGGAGACCAAGACUGAGUCCAAUACAAGCAACAGCAGCAGUCGCAGCAGCAGCAACACAACCACCAGCAACGGUGGCAAGGGACAUGUGAGGAGGACAUCGACGGCAUCGAUGAUGUCGACGACAUCGGUGAGCAACAUGAGCGAUUCAGAUUCGGAUAUGUCGAAUGAAAUCGAUUCGGGUCUGGAAUCGGAUGGCAACAAGAGCGAUAAUGCGCAGAGCACCGAUGGCAGCGAUAUUGUCGAUGCAUGCCAAAAGUCCAGCGAUAAGGCAACCGAGUUGGCCAAGCGCUGCAAAAGACAUUUGAAUGGACUGUACCAGUGCCUGGAACAAAUGACAGAGGCGGCCAACUACUUGACCGCCAGAUACCAAAGUGAUAUUGGAUCCGUCUAAACCAAAACAUGUACGAAAAAUACAACAAAAAAAUCAAAAGGGAAACAAAAAAUGGGAUGGAUGGAUUCAACUCGAAAUGUGUUUCUUCUUCUUUAUUACUUUCGUGGGCGGGCUCUAAAAACAUCAUAACAUAAAAACCAAAAUAAAAAAUAUAACACAAUUAUGGAGGAGGAAAACAAAAAAGGAAAUAGUGCAACGGUAUUUUUUUUGUUUUUUUGGUUUUUAUGUGAGGUAUUUUCGGUUAAGUGAUGAUGUGUUUAAUAUUCAACUGGGGGGGUGCUAAGUAUGACAUGUAAUAAUAAUAAUAAUUAUAUAUGAUGAUUGUAUAUAGGUUGUCGUAACUGAUAAUGAUGAUAAUGAUAUAUACAUACAUACACAUCUAUAUAUAUGUAUAUUUAUAUAUAUACACACACACAUAUAUAUAUAUAUAUAUAUACAUAAAUGUUUUGCAAUUAAGCCACUUUUCAAAAUUA